AGUCUCAGUCGUGGCCAGUGUCUCUGAGCGGAGACGACGUGAUCGCCAUCGCUCAGACAGGAACGGGCAAAACGCUGGCCUACCUGCUGCCAGGCUUCAUCCACAUGGACGGACAAGUUGUGCCCAGAUCCAAGCGGGGGGGUCCGGGCAUGUUGGUGCUGACUCCCACCAGAGAGCUGGCCCUGCAGAUUGAACAGGAGUGCAGCAAGUACAGCUUUAAAGGCUACAAAAGUGUCUGUAUCUAUGGCGGAGGGGACAGGCGAGCUCAGAUCAACGCGGUGAGGAGCGGCGUGGACAUCGUGAUCGCGACCCCAGGCCGACUGAACGACCUCCAGAUGAACGAGCUCAUCAAUCUGCGCUCCAUCACCUACUUGGUGCUGGACGAGGCAGACCGGAUGCUGGAUAUGGGCUUUGAACCCCAGAUUAUGAAGAUUCUGAUCGACAUCCGCCCCGACCGACAGUCUGUCAUGACCAG